AUGGCUCGGGAAUGUGAAAAGAGCCGCCUUUCCUGGAAAAAGCAAGCGGACGACAUUAAGAACAUUUUCGAAUUUAAAGAAGUCCUGGGGACUGGCGCCUUUUCUGAAGUAGUCAUGGCGAAGGAGAAAACCACUGGGAAAAUGUUUGCAAUUAAAUGCAUCCCAAAGAAAGCCUUGAAAGGCAAAGAAAGCAGCAUUGAAAAUGAAAUUGCAGUCCUCAGAAGAAUAAAACACGAGAACAUUGUGGCCCUGGAGGACAUUUACGAGAGUCCAAAUCACUUAUACCUUGUGAUGCAGCUGGUGUCCGGAGGGGAGCUGUUUGACAGGAUUGUGGAGAAGGGGUUUUACACGGAGAAAGAUGCCAGUACUCUGAUUCGCCAGGUCCUCGAUGCUGUGCAGUAUCUGCAUAAAAUGUGCAUUGUUCAUCGAGACUUGAAGCCAGAAAACCUCUUGUACUUCAGCCCAGAUGAAGAAUCCAAGAUUAUGAUCAGUGAUUUUGGUUUGUCCAAAAUGGAAGGCACAGGGGAUGUUAUGUCUACUGCGUGUGGCACCCCGGGCUAUGUGGCUCCAGAAGUGCUGGCACAGAAACCCUACAGCAAAGCCGUGGACUGCUGGUCUAUUGGAGUCAUUUCUUACAUCCUAUUAUGUGGAUAUCCUCCAUUCUAUGAUGAAAAUGACUCCAGACUGUUUGAACAGAUAUUAAAGGCAGAAUAUGAAUUUGACUGUCCAUACUGGGAUGACAUCUCAGAAUCUGCUAAAGAUUUCAUAAAACGCUUGAUGGAGAAGGACCCAAACAAACGUUACACAUGUGAGCAAGCACUAAGACAUCCGUGGAUUGCUGGAGACACAGCAUUGAACAAGAACAUUCACGAGUCCGUCAGUGCACAAAUCAGGAAGAACUUUGCUAAAAGCAAGUGGAGGCAAGCGUUUAAUGCCACGGCUGUUAUCAGACACAUGAGGAGGUUACACCUGGGCAGCAGUCAGGAUGGAUCGAAUCUGAAUGCACAAACUAACCGCAAGCCCAGCAAUCCACUUACAGAUGUCCCAGCUCGUAAAGAGUGUGUGUCUCCAUCCACUGCCUGUAGUAUAGAAUCGUCUGUGUCUUCACCCUCUGGAAUAUCACCAUUAGGAUCAGAGGGGAGAGCAAGAUCAACUACAGUAACCACAGUGCACACUGGGAGCAAAUGACAAGCUCCUUCAUCAGAAUCGAAAGUAAGAAACAACAUCACUGUGAUGCAGCCCAGAAUUCAAGUGAUUCCACCCUGUCAUGUGCACUGAAGCCUAGAGGGAUCCCAGGAAAGAUUUUUAAGGCCAUAUUUUAUACUGUAACUCUUAUACGAUACAUGUAUCAUAAACAUUGAACCAUGUGCUGAUGGAUUUAACAGUAUCUGGUGCUGUGCAUAUGAGUCUGGCAAUGCUUUAUUUCUCUUUGUAUAAUUGCAGCAGAUGAAAAAUAUAAUUUUCCCAGUAAUUGUGCGAAAUGUACCUCCAAAAUAGCAUCAUUUCUCCAGGAUGUAUGUUUUCUGAGGAAUGAGACAUUAACUGGACUGCACAACCCUUUGCUUAUUUCUUGUGCUCUUGUUGAUUGUUUUCUCUUACGUGAAACUGUUUCCUUUAACAGAAAGUGCAGAGCCCCUUAUACUGUACCAUUGCGAUAGACAGCAUUCAGCUGACAGAACCGGGUAACAGAAAUGCUGUGAUAUUAACCUAUCGGGUUUAAAACGUUGUAUACUAAAACAUUUUUGUCCUAAAACGGACAAGGACUUUUAACUAUUUCAGGGCUAGAAUCCAUUGUCACACUUGCUAAUUCCAGCUUUAGUGAAUGUCUCUAGUUGUACAUAAGGAAAGUCAUCU